AUGCAUAUUAAUACUACAAAUUCCACAAUGGUGACGUACUUCAUUAUUAAUGGCAUUUCUGACCAUGCUGAGCUACAGGUUCUGAUCUUCCUCCUGGUUCUGCUGAUUUAUCUCAUCACCCUCGGUGGUAACAUGACUAUCCUUCUGCUGGUCUGCUUGGAUCGUCAUCUUCACACACCCAUGUACUUCUUCCUGGGCAACCUAUCCAUUCUAGAUAUGUCUUCUACAACUGUGACUCUACAUAAAAUUCUAGCUAACUUUAUUUCUGGCAACAAGACCAUUUCAUUCAAUGCCUGUAUGACCCAAGUGUACAUAUUUGCUUCAUUAACUGGCCAAGAGCUCCUGAUUCUGACAGCCAUGGGAUAUGAUCGUUAUGUGGCUAUCUGUAACCCCUUGCGGUAUCACAUGGUCAUGAAUCAUACAACAUGUGCCUUGUUGGCUACUGCAUGCUGGAUGUUUGGUUUUUUACAAGUUAUUCCUCCUGUAGUGAUAUUAUCUAGAUUUUCAUGUUAUACGUCCAAUGAAAUUAACCACUUUUUCUGUGAUAUGGUCCCUCUUAUGAGGCUUUCUUGCAGUGACACGUCUCUCUUACAGCUGCUAAACCUCACGGAAGGAUUGAUCCUUUCAACCAUGACUCCUUUUUGCCUAACUUUCACCUCUUAUGUUUUUAUUAUUUUAACCAUAACUAAAAUUCCCUCCAUUGCCGGGAGACGCAAAGCCUUCUACACGUGUUCGUCACACCUCACAGUUGUCAUCUUUCUUUACAUUAUCCUUGCAUGUCAAUAUGUCACACCACCUUCUACAAGCUCCGUAGAAGUCAACAAACUGUUCUCCUUGUUUAACACAGCAGCAAUUCCCUUAUUAAAUCCUCUAAUCUACAGCCUAAAAAAUAAAGAUGUGAAAUCAGCUCUUAGACGGAGAUUAAGAUGGUUUAAACACAUCAAGCAAAUAGGGUAA